CACUGUCAUUUAUUAGUUCAUAUGUCGUUAUCUUUGACUAAUAGCAGUGAUGUUAUAGAAAAUGAAGAAUCAAACUUUAUUAACAUGGUAUAUAAUUAUGACUGGUCUUCGACUCCUCUUGGUCCUAUGGAUACAUGGGAUCUUGCCCUCAAAAAUGUUGUGAAUUUAUGCCUCAAAGUUGAAUUUCCUAUCUGUAUCUUUAUCGGUCCUCCAGAUUGGAUACUAUUCUAUAAUAGAGCAUUUAUACCAAUGCUAAAAUCACAACAUCCAAGCGCAUUCGGAAAGUUAUGUAAAGAUAUUUGGGCUGGACACUUUGAGAAUCGUAUGUUGGUAGAAUUUAAUAACGUAAUAACAACCGGCAAAGGUGUACUUGGACGCGAUGAACCCGCAGAACUACAACGUGAUGGAUAUGUCGAAGUUGCAUACUUUUACAAUACAUUUAGUCCGGUUUACAAAUCAGAUGGUACAGUCUGUGCUUUAUGGUGUCCGGCACAAGAAACCACUGCAGGAGUUUUAACUAAGCGAAGAUUAAAAGUACUUGACGAAUUUGGGCUUCAAAUUUCUGAUAUCGAGUCCUUAGAAAGUGCCUGCCAUAUUAUAACAAAAGUAUUAAGUAAUAAUGAAGAUAUUCCUUAUACAUUCAUUUACUUUGUCAAGCAUAAUUUAAAUACUAGUUCUGAAUCACUGAUUGCUCGCUUAAUCGCUACGACCUUUGAUGAAGACGAUAAAAAAGGACGGAAUAUUCCAGAUUAUUUACCAGAAAUUCCCGAAAUAAUUGAUUUAACUAAAGAUAUUAAUAAGAACUAUGGCACGUAUAUAGAGUUAAAAAGAAAAACUGCAACUUAUACUUUCUUAAAAUGUGAAUAUUGGCCUAUAUACCUUGCAAUAAAAGAAGAAAAUCAUGUAAAAGUUCUUUUAAAAGACGAAUCUCAGGCUGUAAUCUUAUCGAUAAAAAUUUUACUUGACAAAGGACAAGUUUUAUCAGUAGUAUUAAUUUAUGGUAUUAGUCGAGUUUGCACCCUUGAUGAACUAUAUAUGGAAUUUUUGCAUUUAAUCACAAAUCAAAUAAGGACAUUUUUACAACAUGGGAGGAUAAUAGAAGAGGAAAAGAAACGAUCUAAACUAUUAGCUGAUUUAAAUUACAAAAAAAUUGCAUUUUUUCAAGGAAUUAGUCACGAACUAAAAUCACCAUUAACUUUAAUACUUUCCCCACUUGAUGACGUAAUUAACAUAUGCCAGCAAAAUUCGCCAGUAAUACCUAAUCUUAAACUUAUACGACGUAACGCUCUUCGAUUGUUUAAACUUAUCAACUCUCUAUUGAAACUUUCAGAUAUAGAAACUAAUCAAUUAAAAGCAAAUUAUUGUGAAACAAAUAUUGUUGAAUUUACUCAAGAAUUAGCCUCAGAUUUUAAAGGUAUGGCCAAAGCAUUAGGUUUGGAUUAUCAUAUUGAUAUUCCACAUCAAGAAGAAUUUUAUAAAGCCGUGGGCGAUAAGAUUUAUUUGGAUCGCGAUAUGUACGAAACAAUUGUAUUUAAUCUUUGUUCAAAUGCAUUCAAGCAUACCUGGAAAGGGCAAAUUACCAUUCGUUUAUCUCAUGACUACAAGGAUAAGAAUAAGAUAGUAGUUCUUGAAGUAUCGGAUACAGGUGUUGGCAUUCCAGAAAUCGCACUUCCAAAUAUAUUUCAACGUUUUUAUAGAGUUGAAUCUCAAGAAAAAAAACGUAGUAAUGAAGGUACUGGCAUAGGGCUCGCUCUCGUCAAAGAACUUAUUGCACACCAUGGUGGAGAUAUUACAGUAACCUCUGUUGUAAAUCAGGGAACUACAUUUAAAUGCUGGUUUCAAAUUGGAUGUAAUCACUUACCAAUAAAUCAAAUAUAUAAUUAUGACGUGAUAAAUCCAAUAAAAAAUAAUCGUGAAUUAUCGUUAUAUACUAAUCGACAGCUUUAUUUAGAAGAAAGUUCUCAAUGGAUAAAUAAUAGUGCAUCUGAAACUCAAGAUGUUAUAACAGAUCAAUUGCCAAUCAAUAAUCAGGAAAUUGAUGAAAUAUUAAAAAAAGAUGAUAAAAAAUAUCAAGUCUUGAUUGUUGAUGAUAAUAAUAGUAUGAG